AUGUGGGGAGAAGUCUGGAGUAGCAUCGGAAUGUCUAAGGUUGUAUCACCUGAUUGUGUUUUCAAGAUUUACGGGAACUCGAUACGCAAGGAUAACGGCUAUGAUGUCAACUCAUACACUUACUAUCCUGUGGCGAUCAUUGGAGCGGGCGAGAGCGGUAUUGCUAUGGGGUGUAGAUUGAAGCAGGUUCUUGGCUGUGAUCAAUUCCGAAUCUUCGACCGACAGAGUGGCAUUGGUGGGACUUGGUGGAUCAAUCGAUACCCGGGCGUGGCGUGUGAUGUACCUGCGGUCUUCUACUCCUUCUCUUUCUGCCCGAACUCAAAAUGGAGUGCACUCUACCCCGAAGGACCAGAAAUUGUAAAGUACUUGCAAGGCGUUUGCGAUACGUACCAGAUCGUGGACAAGAUACAGCUCAACACAGAUGUCAGAGAGUGUCGCUGGCUGGAAACAGAGCAAGUCUGGGAAGUCAAACUCCAGCACCUUAUGACAGGAGUUGGCGACCUUUCAGAGUAUGACCGAGCGAAGAAGAUCCAGGAGCAUGGUAGAGAAACCGUCUAUGUGUCCCAGGAGAAGAUAAGGUGCAAGGUGCUGGUGAGCGGUGUUGGCGGACUCGUGGAGCCAAAGACGUGGCCUGAGAACAUCCCUGGCAACGAAAACUUCGAGGGCGAGAUCUUCCAUUCUGCUAGAUGGAGAUAUGAUAUAGAUUUCAGGGACAAGGAUGUGAUUGUGCUUGGUACUGGAUGUAGUGCUGCACAGUUCGUCCCUCGUUUGACCAAGGAGUACGGGGCAAAGUCAGUUACCCAAUUGAUGCGAUCGCCCCCAUGGGUGGUUCCGCGAAUCGUUCCUCCGGGUGGUAAUGAAGCAUGGGGGAAGUGGUCACCACGGUUGACCACAUAUGUCCCAGGAUUCGGCAAAAUGAUAAGAUUCAUAGUGGCAUGUGCAGCAGAGUACGAUUGGAGGCUGUUCGGGUCAGACUCAUACCACGAGAAGGAACGGAGGAAAGUGGAAACUCGGCUUCUCGCCCACAUGAGGAAGACAGUACCUGAAAAGUACCACGAGAUACUAACACCGAACUACGGAGUUGGCUGUAAGCGCCGCAUAUUCGACGCUGCUUGGCUUCCUAGUCUCAAUGAUCCGGCGAUUGAGUUGACAACGCUUCCGCUUCGCAGCAUCGGGGAAAAGACUGUUACGCUGGGACCCGGCCGUUCGUAUCCUGACAUGAGCGUAACGACUAGCAAUGCUCCAUCACAUGAGCUGACUACCCCAGCCGAUAUCAUCAUUCUUGCAAAUGGGUUUGAAACCACCAAAUGGCUUCACCCUCUCGAUGUCACCGGUCGUGACGGCAAGAAGCUUCACGAUGUAUUCGACGAGAGAGGUGGCGCACAGAUGUACAUGGGUACAGCCAUGGACGGAUUUCCCAACUUCUUCACAAUCUUCGGGCCAAAUACAGCAACAGGUCACUCCUCUGUCGUGCUAGCUUCCGAGAACAUGGUCAACAUGAGCUUAAAGUUCAUCGGACCGAUCCUGAACGGAGACGUCUCGACUGCAGAAAUCAAGAAAAGUGCAGAGCUCGAAUGGGCAAGAGACACGCAGAGCGCAUUGAAAAAACGAAUCUGGACAACGGGAGGUUGCGGGAGUUGGUACAAAGAUGAGAAAGGCUGGAAUUCGACUGUCUAUCCGUAUACCCAAAUACGGUUCACCCUCAGGUGUAUGUUCCCAACUUGGAGCGAUUGGGAUAUCAAGUAUACGCGCAAAGCGAUCUUCAAAAAAUAUGCUAAGAGGGUUUUGAAAGCUUUUAUUUUCUUGGCCUUGCUCUCUGGUUUUUCCCAGCAGAAGCAGAAUGGUCUCGGGCUGAAGACGUAUUUGAGGGGAGUAGCCAGAAGUUUGAUCUUCGGGGGGGCUGGUUUGUUGCAAGUUGCGGGCAGCAAACUAUGA